GCAAAAUGUCAACGUGCAUGGCGCGUCGCUUUCGCGUUUUCGCCAAUCAUUGCCGUGUUAAUACAAAUAAUAAGAUAAAGAUACCAGAGCGAAAUUUAUUUCCUAUAAGCUGCAGUACGAGUAUUCGUUGUAUCGCAAAAAAUUUGUGUGCCUUCGCCUCCACCUCCACCGGCCCGCACAACAUGAGCUUCGAGUACCCGGCCGCGCGGCGAGACGACACCGUCGUCGACGACUACCAUGGCACCAAGAUAAAAGACCCGUACCGCUGGUUGGAGGACCCGGAUUCGGAGGAGACCAAGGCGUUCAUAGAGGCGCAGAACAAGAUCACCCGGCCGUACCUGGACGCGUGCCCCGUCAAGGGGGACAUCAACGCGCGCCUCACCGAGCUCUGGAACUACCCCAAGUACUCGUGCCCCUUCCGCCGGGGGGACCGAUACUUCUUCUUCAAAAACACCGGCCUGCAGAACCAAAACGUGCUGUACGUGCAGGAGGGGCUGGAGGGCACGCCGCGCGUGUUCCUGGACCCCAACGCGCUCUCCGAGGACGGCACCGUCGCCUUGUCCGGCAGCCGCUUCUCCGAGGACGGCGCCACGCUGGCGUACGGCCUGUCCGCGUCCGGCUCCGACUGGAUCACGAUACACUUCAAGGACGUGGCCACCGGUACGUACUAUACUCUCCGAGGACGGCACCGUCGCCUUGUCCGGCAGCCGCUUCUCCGAGGACGGCGCCACGCUGGCGUACGGCCUGUCCGCGUCCGGCUCCGACUGGAUCACGAUACACUUCAAGGACGUGGCCACCGGUACGUACUAUACUCUCCGAGGACGGCACCGUCGCCUUGUCCGGCAGCCGCUUCUCCGAGGACGGCGCCACGCUGGCGUACGGCCUGUCCGCGUCCGGCUCCGACUGGAUCACGAUACACUUCAAGGACGUGGCCACCGGUACGUACUAUACUCUCCGAGGACGGCACCGUCGCCUUGUCCGGCAGCCGCUUCUCCGAGGACGGCGCCACGCUCGCAUACGGCCUGUCCGCGUCCGGCUCCGACUGGAUCACGAUACACUUCAAGGACGUGGCCACCGGUAAAGAUUAUCCCGAAGUUUUAGAAAAGGUCAAAUUUGCAUCUAUGUCAUGGACCAAAGACAACAAAGGUUUAUUCUACUCUCGAUACCCCGAGCAGACGGGAAAAACGGACGGGUCGGAGACGGAGGUGAACCGCGACCAGAAGCUGUGCUACCACCUCCUCAACACCACGCAGGCCGACGACGUGCUCGCCGUCGAGUUCCCCGACGAGCCGCUCUGGAGGAUCGGCGCGGAGGUGACAGAUUGCGGGCGGUACCUGAUCGUGUCCCCCGUGAGGGACUGUCGGGACAACCUGCUGUUCUACACCGACCUGUCUCUACACGGGCCUCUGCAGCCCCGUCUGCCCCUCACGCAGAUCGUGCACCACUUCGAGGCCGACUAUGAGUACAUAACGAACACGGGGUCGGUGUGCAUAUUCCGCACCAACAAGGACGCGCCCAACUACCGCCUCAUACAGAUCGACCUCCACCACCCCGAGCCGGACAACUGGAAGACGCUAGUGCCGGAGAACCCUCGGGACGUGCUGGACUGGGCCGUGGCAGCGGGCGGACAAUACCUCGUGCUGCACUACCUGCGGGAUGUCAAGAGUGUUCUACAACUGCACUCGCUGAGCGACGGCUCCCUGUUGCGCGAGUUCCCCCUGCCCGUGGGGUCAGUGGUGGGGUUCUCGGGCAAGCGGACCCACAACGACAUGUUCUACCACCACAUGUCCUUCCUGUCGCCCGGCACCAUCUACCGCGUCGACCUCACCGACCUCGACGCGUCUGGUGCCACGCCUACUGUGUUCAGAGAAGUAAAAGUGAAAGGAUUCGACGCAUCGCAAUAUGAGGCUAAACAGAUAUUUUACUCUAGCAAAGACGGCACCAAAAUACCCAUGUUUAUAGUCUCUAAGAAGGAUCUAGUGCUGGACGGCAGCGCGCCGGCCCUGCUGUAUGGCUACGGGGGCUUCAACAUCAACAUCCAGCCCAGCUUCAGCGUCACGCGGCUCGUGCUGAUGCAGCAUCUGGGAGGGCUCGUCGCCAUCCCCAACAUCCGCGGCGGAGGGGAAUACGGCGAGCGGUGGCACAACGCGGGUCGCCUGCUCAACAAGCAGAACGUAUUCGACGACUUCCAUGCCGCGGCGCAGUACCUGAUAGAGCACAAGUACACCAGCCCCUCGCUCCUCAGCAUGCAGGGCGGCUCCAACGGGGGCCUGCUGGUGGCCGCCUGCGCCAACCAGCGCCCCGACCUCUACGGGGCCGCCGUCGUGCAGGUCGGCGUGUUGGACAUGCUCCGGUUCCAGCGGUUCACGAUCGGCCACGCGUGGGUGUCGGACUACGGCAGCUCCGACGACCCCAAGCACUUCCACAAUCUGUUGGCAUAUUCGCCGCUCCACAAUAUAAGGAUACCUGGACCUGAUGGGGCCGAGUACCCGGCGACGCUGGUGCUGACGGCGGACCACGAUGACCGCGUGGUGCCGCUGCACUCGCUCAAGUAUAUCGCCGAGCUCCAGCACGCCGCCACCGAGGCCAACGCUGGUGCCAACACUGGCGCCAACACUGGCGCCAACACUGGCGCCAACGCCACCGGCCAACACCCGGUGCAGCGCCGCCCGCUGCUGGCGCGCGUCGACACCAAGGCGGGACACGGGGGCGGGAAACCCACCGCCAAGAUAAUCGAGGAGCACACGGACAUCCUGUGCUUCAUGACGCAAGCGCUGGGCCUGAAGUUCGACAAAUAUGUAGCCCCGAGCACGUAGUAUUACGCCGCAAGACGCUAUAGUAUUAUGUAAAUAAUUGUACCACGACCGCAGUCUGAUGAUUACCUCUGGGUCUUAUACAAGACUGGUGAUAUUGUUUUACGCAUUGCUGCUAUUUUGUUUAUUAAUAAAAACUUGUUUUACAUAUUGUUUGGUUUCCUUGCGUCCACCUUCUAUAUCCAAUAGGAUAUCCACAGAAACAAUGUAUCACUUUAUGACGAUUUUAAGAUUAAAAAAAAACAAGAUUUUCGAUCUUCCGAUGGUUUGGGAGAAAAGCAAGUUGAAGCUUUGAAUUUUAUCUCGAGCACUGCCAAAAUCGUUUCCAUUUAAUUCAAACAUUAAAUAGGGUACAAAUAAUGGUGUUACAUUUCAUUUAAACUGUAUUUUAACCUAAAUAUUUAUAUAUAUUUUUAUAUUUAGUCAUAAAAAGAACAUGCAUUUUUUUUGUUGCUACCAACAAAGAGUCAAGCGAAAAUUACAAAGGAGUAAAAAUGAGGUAGGUCGGAACUCUUUCUCGGUAAGGGAGCAACAAUCUAAUGCCCUGCUUCUGCUAAUCAAUGUGUGCGUGUAAUUUGUAUCUAUUUUAUGAUUAUUGGCAUCGAGCAGCAUUAUAAUAUAAUAAUCUAAGUUAUUCUAGUAUUAUAUUAUAAUAUGAUGCCACAAAAUAUUAAUUAAUUGUUACUUCUUUAAAUCGCACCUUUGUUGGCAGAGCAAGAUACGACACUGAAUUUGAACAUCGGUUAUUUUGCAACAAACUAUACUUUAUUAUGAAUAAAAACAAUUCAACUCGUUGUAAUAGAGUAACUGAAAGUUUGGGGUUCCUUGAGUGGAGUCGAAAUUUGUAGAAAACAAUAGAGAGAAGGAUGUCCAAUAUUUUUUUACAAAUAAAACUAUAUUAUAAAUAGUUACUUUUUAUUGUUGUAUUCUUACAUUUGCUAAAAGCAUGAAGUUUAUUGCGACUCUUUGUCCGCAAAAUAGAAAAUAUUAGUUACUUAAAACAAAAUAAAUAAACCACUUUUAAUGCCCUUGUGGCCUUUUACUCAAUAAUAUGUUCAGUCACCAGCAACUUUCAACACGAAGAAACGUUUUCGAUGGCCUCGAUUCAAUAUCGUUUCCAAAACAAGAGAAUUCAUAUUGCAAUAUAAAUUUCACUAUGAAAUUACCACCUUUAUUAUAAUAUACAUAGAGAUAUAUCGAAAUCGGUUACAAGUUACUUAUCCGUGAAAGUAAUCGACUAUAUAAUAGAAUUAAUUACCUUAAGAUAAGUGAUAUUUGUUAUUUGACCCGUUACAAUGAAACGUACAAUCCACAACGCGAGCGAUCGGAGCGAGGAUCGCCGCCGAUCCGUCACAUCCGCACUUAACAAACUUUGGCGAGUACAGAGAAAACGCUACACGUCAGUCGAACGCUACAAUAGUUCAACAGGCAUACAUCAGACGAUUACAUACUGUCUAAACUUAACAAGCUACGGACGAGCUCCGGCCGAGCCCGGUCCGAGCGUCGGGCGCGAGCUCGCUCGCUAGUCGGUCGUCCGUUCGUGGAGAUCAUCGGCGCAGCACAAGUCUACAAUAAUAUUACACAUUUCAUAGGUCAGGGUCGAGGAGGGGUCUACAAGCUCCGCUACAUGUCCCCUCGCCGCGCUGCACUAAACUAACACCAUGGCCGCAUGUUGAUGUGUACCCCCCUUCCCCUCCCCCGCUCUCGUCUCCCGCCUCGGAGCUCAUAUUCCAUCCACACGCAUCGACACAAAGCUGCAGAGCGCAGUCUCAUCCAUCCGUCAUCAUUCACGCGUCGUAUAAACUUUAAGCAGCUCUCUGGGUAGCUCCGGCGCGGGCGCCCGGUUUGAGCCUCUUUUUGGUACGUUUCCUUUUCGAUCGUUUUAAUGAUCGCCCGAACGAAUGAACAUCACAAAAACAAGCGUCGUUUGGAAAUUCUUAAUCUACUGCUAUCGCCGGGGGGCGGGCGAGCACGGACAGCGCGUGACGAGAGACGGGGGAGAGGUGAGGAGGGAGGGUGUGAGGAGAGGAGAGGACAGGAGAGGACAGGACAGGACAGUAGAGUAGAGUGAGGCGCUCGUGUCCCGGCUUACUCCGCCACGCCCGCCGACACGUUCGCCAAUCUGGAACGCAACAAAUAUAUACAAAUUAAUUAUAUUAUCAUAUUGUGUCAAUUCUGGCAUGAUUUUCAAAACUUAGAACUAAAUUUGACAUCAU